AUGGCGGCGGCGCGGAGUACAGCCACACCGCUGGCGGCGGAGUCUUCCUCUAAGGAAGCUACCGUCUCUGCCGCCUCCUCCUCCUCCUACACCGCCUGCGCGGCGGCGGCGGCGGCGGCGGCGGUGGCAGCGGUUGUGCCUGCCUCCUCCGCCACCUCCACCCCUGCCUGCCCGCCUGCCGGUGGCUGCGGCGACGGCGGCGGCGGCUUUGGCGGCUCCACUAUGGCGGCGGCGGGGAGGGGGGGCAGUAGUUUUAAAGUAGACACCCGCCCUUGCCUCAGAGAAGAUAUGACUUGGAAAGAACAGGAAAAGACUGAACUUUUUACAGAUAAUUUUUGUAAUAUAUGUGGAGUAGUGCUGCAGUUUGAAUCACAAAGGAUUUCACAUUAUGAGAUGCAUAGGAGUGAAGUCGUAUACAGAAACACAUUUUGUGAUCUCUGCAACAUGAUUUUUAGCUCCCCAGUUGUUGCUCAGUCUCACUAUGUGGGGAAAGUCCAUGCUAAAAAACUGAAGCAAUUAAUGGAGGAGCAUGAUCAGGUAUCUCCAUCAGAAUUUCAGCCAGAGAUGGCAGGUGUGCCUAUUACUACUUCUGCAGAGUCAACUUUUCUGAAGCCCCUUGUUGUCAAGCCUCCUCCGGGUGGGAUUAAAGACAAGACUAUGCCUUCCUCUUCCAGCAGUGCUUUGGAUUUGAAUAAUCCAAACAAGUAUUGCAAGCUCUGUCCUGCUUCCUUCAAUAGUCCAUUAAUGGCUCAACAACAUUAUGUUGGGAAAAAACACAAAAGAAAUGAAGCUAGGAAGAAGUUUGUAGACAAGAUAAGAAAGAAGGCUCUCCCAGCAAAAUCAGAUGCAAAUGCAUUUAGUAUGAAAACCUACGUUUGUCAUAUUUGUAAUAUCACCUGUACAUCUUUAGAAAUGUUCUGGUCCCAUAUGCAAGGAAGUGAACAUCAAAUUAAAGAAUCCAUUGUUACCAAUCUAGUGAAGAAUCCAAAGAAGCCACCAGACUCUUACCAAGAUGAAAGUACAGAUUACAUCAAAGUACAGAAAACCAGAGGACCAGAACCAAAGUCUUAUUUCAGAAAGAUGGAAGAGACUUCUUUGGAAGUCUGCAGGUACAAAGAAGCAGUUGAUUCCAGAUCCAGAUAUAGAAUGUUUGAACAAAGACUCCCAUGUGAGACUUUCCGGACAUACCCAGGAUCAUACAAUAUUUCACAAACAGUGGAAAACCAGUUACCUCAUUGCUUUCCAGCUCAGUCAGAGAACACAUAUGACACUUUCCAAGAUGAACUGGAAGAUUAUAUCAAAGUGCAGAAAGCCAGAGGACUAGAUCCAAAGACUUGUUUCAGAAAGAUAAGCAAGAGCUCUUUGGAAACCCAUGGGUACAGAGAAGUUGAUUCUGGACCCAGACCAAGAAUGUGUGAGCAAAGAUUUUCAUUUGAGACUUCUCAGACCUCCCAACGACCAUACAGUACUUCACCAGUGGGAAGCCAAUUACAUCACUGGUUACCAGCUCGUUCAAAGAGCUCAUAUGACUCUUUCCAAGAUGAACUUGAGGAUUAUAUCAAAGUGCAGAAAGCCAGAGGACUAGAACCAAAUACUUGUUUCAGAAAGGGAAGCAGGAGCUCUGUGGAAACCCAUAAAUACAGAGAAAUGGUUGAUUCCAGACCCAGAUAUAAAAAGUUUGAGCAGAGACUCCCAUUUGAGACUUUCCAGAAUUACCCAAUAUCAUACGGUAUUUCACAGGCAGCGGAAAACCAGUUACCUCAUUGCUUACCAACUCAUGACAGCAAACAGAGAUUAGACUCUAUGACCUACUGUCAACCCACCAGAGACUAUUUCCCAGAAAAACCAGUACCCCUGAGCCUUAGUCAACAGGAAAAUAAUUCUGGCCCAUACAGUGUAGAAUCUGAAGUUUACAAGCACCUCUCCUCAGAAAACAAUACCAUUGACCAUGAAGCAAGUCAUAUGCAGAAACAUAAGAAGAGAAGGCACCUGGAGGAAGGUGAAGAAAAGCCAGAGGAGGAGCAGUUGAAGAAUAAAAGGAAAAAGAGUUAUGGGGAUACAGAUCUAGAUAAGGACAAGAGCAUCCAGAAAAGGGAAAAAGAGGGAGAUAAAGUCAGUUCAGAAAAGCUUAAGCAUCGAAAAAAGGGAAAAAGCCAUGGUGUUCCCUCUGAGAAGGAAGAGCGUAAGCACAAGAAAGAGAAAAAGAAAUCUGUUGAAGAAAAGACGGAAGAGGAAAUGCUUUGGGAUGAGUCUAUUCUUGGAUUUUGA